AUGUCUCAAGCGUAUUUGCUUUGGAAGCGGUCGUUGUUGACCGGAGGUGGGAUCAUAGGCACGGGUGUGCUUCUGUAUAUUUUUACGACGCCGACCGAGGAGCAGCUUGUUGCGAAACUUUCGCCAGAGUUGCGUGCAGAUUACGAGCGCAAUAAAGAGCUACGUCAGAGAGAGCAGCAGAUGUUGAUGGAGAUUGUGAAACAAACGGCUGCGUCGAACGAGCCGAUUUGGAAGACUGGGUCGCUUGUUUCGCCGUGGGACAAGGAGUUCCAGCCGUCGAGCGAAAGUUUCCUGGUGAAGCGAGAGCGAUUCGAAAGAGAACAGGCCGAAGCACGCCAGAGACAGGAGCUUGAACGGCUGAAGCAGGAAGCCAAGCUGACCGAGACUGUUGUUGCGCCAAAGAGCUCGAAAUGGAAGUUCUGGUCCAAAGAUUAA